CUCAGUAUUACGGUUGUAAAUUUGGUAGUCAGGUUGGCUGUUACAGUUGCCACUGUCAUCAUGAUACAUAUCAAGGUCGCUCGAUAAUACAUCGAUGAGUAUAUGAUUCUUAUAUCCUCCCAUCAUCUAGGCUCCCAUCAUCUAGGCUGAGCCUCCCUGCCGCCUUUGCAACAACUUGAAGUACUUGCAUUGUCGGUUUCGGUCCACGAUCCUUAAAUCUACAAACUUGUAAUACUGAAUACUUUUAGCUCUUCUUUGAACCGCUGUUCGCUAGCAUGAGUCCAUCGGGCUCUGUAGUCUGUCUGCUUUUCGCAGAAAAUCUUCGCUGCGUUCCUCUGAACUCCCUUCAAGUCCACGCUCUCACCAUCCCCCCUCUUAUCGAGCUCGUUUUCUGCGUGUUUUUUGUCGUUUUGACCUGGAAGUCAAGGAGGGCGCACCUAUUGCUGGCCGCAGACGGUAUUUUCUAUUUUAUCCUGGCGCUGGUCGACCUGUUGUCGCAUGUCAUACCCGCUGCGCGGGGUUCAGCCACCAUUUCUAACGCGGUCGACUUAUUCCUUGGAUCUGUCUCUUUUAUUCCUGUGUUUUUUUACACUUCAUAUCUACUUUGGCUGAGUCGUAGGGAAUUUAUCACCCACCUCCCUCGCCGUCAGCAACCUGCAACCAAAUACCUACUCAUAAUUCUCAUUGCCGUGGUUGUAGCCCUAAAUUUCGUGGCAUCUCUUGGAAUAUCUAUUCGGAAUUUAUCUGUUUCACACUCCUCGCCCGUGAUCGACUUCACCAACAAGAGCGAAUCGUUGUGGCUGGGUCUCGGCCAGUUGUCACUCGGACUGUAUACCACCUAUCAAUGUUUAAUUUCCUUCCUCGCUGCAUACCGGCUCUUUACAGCCUUUAUGAAUCAGCGGCGCAUCGACACAAAGCAGACCGACGAGCACCAUUUUUUCAACGGCACUGGAUGGAUUACUUUCGGCAUUAAGCUAGGAGCUGUCGAGUGCAUCGUUGGGUUUACGAUGGGCGGCUUGGCUGUUCCACUUGUCAGAAGAAUCCUACGGCUCGCUGCCAGGAGUUGUCUAAUUAUUGGUGCAUUGAAGGGAAUGGAUGAAAACGAAAACUUUGAGCUCCUCAAUAGGGAGCUGAUCUCGUGGCGUCGCGGCAAGCCUUUAUCAACCUUCCACUCGCUCAUAGCCAAUCGACGCAUGAGCACACGAUCCUCUAAAUCAUCGGGCCUGUCUCACGAGUCCUCUCUAAGUGACAAAGGUCUGGAAGGGUGCAUGGCAAGUAAACAUGUAACAGUGCAUGAUGAAGGUGGUCAAGCGCCGAUCUUGCACAUACGCUUUUCCGCACUCCCUCCCGAGCGGGCUAUUCAUGCAGAUGAUAUUGGAGUGCAGGCGCGGAAGCAAUCUGGCCAGGACACGUCCGCAGAAGUGCUCGCAUCCCGCAGUUCUGCUUGCCCCUCCAAGAGCGACGCUCGGCACCAUUCUGCUCAGACCAUCUCCGAUGACAUGAGCAUCUCCGACGACAUGAGUGUCUACCACGAGCUCGCUCUUCCCUCUCCCAACGUGUCACGUCAUGGUUCUGACAAGUACCGCGGGUCCAUACUCCAUCAAGGAUAUGAGGAUGACGAGAGCGAGUUUCCAGUCGCUGGGAUCCCGCGCCAGCAGAACAUGCGUCAUGACACUGCGCAGCCAUCAGAUGAAGAGGACGCAGCUGCUGAAAGUGCAGUGUUAUCUGCUGGCGACUCCAUGAAACGCAAACCCCUACCUCCGUUUUUAACCAUCCCGCAGCGCAUCCAUGCGCGCGUGGAAGGAGCAAUUUCAUCAUGGGGAGGACUUGCAUCACAAAGCAGUGGCAAUUAUCCAGUCCAGUUUCCCGUAGCACCGACACGGACAGGAAUCGCUAUUUAUUCCCCAUCUGUCAAGAUGAACGAGGAGAGCUGGGAAACAUCGCAACGCCAGAUGUCGUCUCUUCAGUUGUUCGAACGUGCAAGCAACACCCACAGUGAUUUCAGUGUUCAUUCUUCACAGUGGUCAACCAUUGCGCGCUCCCAAUCACCUGCGAGCAUCAAAACGUAUGGUGGUGGAACGGUAAUAAGUCCACGAGGCGCAUCUGCCGAUCCUGGCGACGACCCGAGCGGAUAUAUGAACGGCGGUGGAAUGCCCACGCCACUUGCGCCAACUACUGCUGGAUUCCCAUUUGAUCGGGGGCAUGUAACGUCCGCGCAUGGUGCCUCACACUGGUCCAUCCGGUCAGCAUUCAACCGAGAACAAGCGUUGCGGAGACUAAAUGGGCAAGUAGAUCCUUAAAAGUUGAGACAGUUGAGGAGAGACGGGUUGGGGAGCAGAGAGAGUAUUGGAUCAGGCCAUGAUUUCUUCCUUAAUAACUUUUCAGAAUCGGACAGUAUCACUGUAUUGUCGUUUUCUUUACCCCUCCGUAACAAUGUCUCAGACCUGCA